GCAGACACAUGUUGUUGAGAUCAGAGCUCAGACUUAAGUUUCACUUCUCAGAUACUGAAACUCAGACAGUCGUUUGUCACUGAGAGGUGAAAUGGCGCAGAAACAAGUUGAGCUGAAGCGGGAAUCCUUCUCUUGUUCCAUCUGUCUGGAUCUACUGAAGCAUCCGGUGGCUAUUCCCUGUGGACACAGCUACUGUAUGAGAUGUAUUAAAACCCACUGGGACAUAGAGGAUGAGAAGAGGAUCUACAGCUGCCCUCAGUGUAGACAGACAUUCAGAAAGAGGCAUGUCCUGGUGAAAAACACCAUGUUGGCUGAUUUAGUGGAGCAGCUGAAGAAGACUGGACUCCAAGCUGCUCCUGCUGAUCACUGCUAUGCUCGACCUGAAGAUGUGGCCUGUGAUGUUUGUACUGGGAGAAAACUGAAAGCCGUCAAGUCCUGUUUGGUUUGUUUGGUCUCUUAUUGUGAGAAAGACCUCCAGCCUCAUUACGAUGUACCUCAGUUAAAGAAGCACAAGCUGGUGGACCCCACCAAGAAGCUCCAGGAAAACAUCUGCUCUCGUCACGAUGAGGUGAUGAAGAUGUUCUGCCGCACCGAUCAGCAGUGUAUCUGUUAUCUCUGCUCUGUGGACGAACAUAAAGGCCACGACACAGUCUCAGCUGCAGUAGAAAGGACCGAGAGGCAGAGAGAGCUCGAGCUGAGUCGACAACAAAUCCAGCAGAGAGUCCAGGACAGAGAGAAAGAUGUGAAGCUGCUUCAACAGGAGCUGGAGGCUGUCAAUGGCUCUGCUGACAAAGCAGUGGAGGACAGUGAGAAGAUCUUCACUGAGAUGAUCCGUCUGGUGGAGAAAAGAAGCUCUGACGUGAAGCAGCAGAUCAGAUCCCAGCAGGAAACCGUAGUGAGUCCAGUCAAAGAUCUUCAGGAGAAGCUGGAGCAGGAGAUCACUGAGCUGAAGAGGAAAGACGCUGAACUGAAGCAGCUCUCACACACAGAGGAUCACAACCAGUUUCUACACAACUACCCCUCACUGACACCACUCAGUCCGUCUACACACUCAUCCAGCAUCAACAUCCGUCCUCUCAGGUACUUUGAGGCUGUGACAGCAGCUGUGUCAGAGGUCAGAGGUCGACUACAGGACUUCCUGACUGAGACAUGGACAAACAUCUCACUGACAGUGACUCAAGAGCCCAAGACCAGAGAGGAAUUCUUAAGAUAUUCACAGGAAAUCACACUGGAUCCAAACACAGCAAACACACAUCUGUUUUUAUCUGAGGGAAACAGAAAAGUAACAGUAAUGAGAGAAGAACAGUUUUAUUCUAGUCACCCAGACAGAUUCACUGGUUAUUGUCAGGUCCUGAGUAGAGAGAGUCUGACUGGACGUUGUUACUGGGAGGUGGAGAGGAGAGGAAGAGUUUAUGUCGCAUUCACAUACAAGAAUAUCAGCAGAGCAGGGAGGUCAAGCGAAUGUGUAUUUGGAUGCAAUGACAAAUCUUGGAUGUUAAGUUGUCUUGGAAACAGUUAUAACUUUUAUUACAACAGUAUCAAAACUCCACUCUCAGGUCCGGUGUCCUCCAGAGUCGGAGUGUACCUGGAUCACAGUGCAGGUGUUCUGUCCUUCUACAGCGUCUCUGACACCAUGACUCUCCUCCACAGAGUCCAGACCACAUUCACUCAGCCGCUCUGUGCUGGGAUAAGGAUUUAUGAUUAUGGAUCCACAGCUGAGUUCUGUAAACUCAAAUAGACUUGAGUCAUUUAAAGAGCAGUGAGUUAAACUCUGUGUUUCAACCUUUAAAUUCUUUUCUCUCAAAGCUCCUUGUUGUUGUUGUUGUUGUUGUUGUUGAUUGAGGUGAAACAAACUGAUUGUGUGGAUGAAGUGAAUCUGUCCAUCAAGUCACUGAACACGAGUCGUUGAACAGACUUUACUGAUUAAAUGUGUGAACGAACUGAAGGUUUCAAUAAAGAAUAAAGAAUAAACGAA